AUGGAAGUGGGAGGUGAUAGAAUGCAUUUUUUGGAUGUUACAGUGAUUAAGGAUAAUGAAGUGAUAGAGUUCUGGUAUCACAAGCCGAUCUUUUUGGGUAGAUAUUUGAACUUUUGGUCACAACACCCAGUUUCUCAAAAAAUAGGGGAAAUUAAUCUCCUAACAUUAGAAAAUAAAAUAGAUUUGGAAAAUUCUAUUUGUGUAACUCCAACUGGGUACUUAAUACUCUCUUUAUUGACGGAUGAUUAUCAAGCUCUUGGUUUAGAAGGGAAACCCUCUACCUUCAGUCAUAAAUUUCAUACACGAUAUGUAGUGAGAAUCGAUCUAACAAAUGAAAGCUUCAUUCCUGGUAAAAAGAAUUACGAAAGAAUUCGGAUAGCGUUGGAAGAACGUCUCACCCAGAAGUUUGAUGUUAUAGUAUCAUGGGAUCCACCAGAGAUCAGUAUGUGCCCGUCAUCUAUAGCAGCAUGGUUUUACGCACGUAAUUAUAAUGUUUGUCGCUGUUGUCAGAAAUUUUUUCAAAAAAUCAAAUAUUCAUUAACGAUACCUACUUAUGAGGACACAUGUAAUAACACUGAUAUCGAUUUCUUUGAAUGGCUGGGAAUCUUCAGCAUUGAUGGUGAUCUAUCUACUAAGGGAGAAGAUAAUUGUGCAAAUACAUAUCAGUGCCCUUCUCCAUCGAUACAUGUUAGACAGGUGCAGUAUUUACAGUGGACUGGAUUCUUCACACGACAAAAGAUUCAAGAAGUAUAUAAUAUUCUAAAACAAUAUAUAUUAUCACGAAAUACUUUACCAUGGAUUAGUUUAGACAUACAAGGAUUUGCAGACAGUGCUAUUAGUUUUGAUUUGAAAGAACAUAUGUUCUUGACUGACGGAGACAAUAGUUACACUAUUGUAUUUCAUCCGAAAAGUAUUCAUGGUUUUUCGAAGGAGCAAUUCCCGUACGAUCACAGAAGCAUGGUAAAUGGAGGUUCGGAUUCGGAUGAGUGA